AUGGGUUCUAUCGGGAUCCGGCUCUUCUCCAAGGAGUUCAGUGCCCAAGGAGUGCCCAAUGAGGAAUCCAAUGGCGUUGGGCUUCUGGGUGCAUCAGGAUGUGGAGGUGGAGGUAGUGGCAGUGGCGGAGGUGGCAGUGGUGGUGAAGGUGGUGGUCGUGGCGGAGGUCGAGGUGGUGUUGGCAGUGGUGUGGUAGUGGUGGAGCUGGUCGCGGCGUCAAUGAUGGUGGUGGUUGUGACAAAGUGGUGGCGGGGCAGAGGUGGUGGCAAUGGUGGAGGAGGUGGUAGUAGAGUUGGCAGUAGUGGUGGCGGUGGAGGCUGUGGUGGUAAUGGUGCCAGUAGCAAAGGUGGCUGUGACUGUGAAGGUGGUGGUGGAGGUGGAGAUGGUAGUGGAGGCGAUGGCGGAGGUGGAGGUGGUAGUGGUGGCGGUGGCAGUGGUGUUGGUAAUGGUGGAGGUGGAGGUGGUGGCGGCAUCAAUAGUGGUCGUGGUGGUUGA